ACCACACACAUUAUCUAGUGCCACUAGUAAGUUUCUCUACAUUAUUAUUACCUGCAAGACGUCAACAAACACCACUACCAUGGCUGCCACCGUUGAAGCUACAUCACCAGUUCCAGAGUCUGCUGCUCCAGCUAAGACUGAAGUUGCCGAGAAGAAGGUAGCAUCACCAAAAGUUGCCAAGCCAAAGUCACCCAAGGCUUCAAAAGCUGCAACUGCUGCUGCCAAGUCAACUCAUCCAAGUACAUCUGAAAUGGUCAACUCAGCUAUCACAGCUCUUGCUGAUCGCAAAGGUUCAUCACUUCAGGCCAUCAAAAAGUACUUGGCUUCUGAAUACAAAUUGGACACCAAGAAACACGCUAUUUUCAUCAGAAAAUACUUGAACUCAGCUUCAAAAUCUGGUGUUUUAGUUCGUACCAAGGGCAACGGUGCAUUGGGUUCAUUCAAGAUUGCCACCAAGGAAGAACCAGCUAAGAAAGCUAAAACAACAGAAAAGAAAGCACCUAAAAAGGUAGCAGCUAAAAAACCAACUUCACCAAAGAAGGUUGCUGCUAAAAAACCAUCAGCCAAAAAAGCUGUUGCUGCUAAACCAGCAGUUGCAGCAGUUAAAAAAGCUGUUCAAGAAAAAACUGUCAAGCCAGCUGCACCCAAAAAGGCACCAGUUAAAAAAGUAUCUGAAGAAAAGAAAGCUAAAGUUGCUGCUGCCAAGAGUCCAAAGGCAAAGAAGACCACCAAAGGACCAACAGCAAAGCCAAAGGUACCAAAAGCAAAAAAAACACCAGCAUUAAAAACCGUCAAAGCCAAGGCUCCAGUUGCUGCCAACUAAUUCGUUUAGCAAACCUAACAAAAUCGGCCCUUUUCAGGGCCAACAAAUAACUCAAACUAUGAUGACUAUCAAUUUUUCAUUACUUUUUUUAUUAACAAUGUUGUAUUAAAAUUACUUGAAUUAUUAUUGCAAUUUUUUUAGCAUCAUCAUCAUGAUGGUGUAAUAGUACGUCAUCGAGAACUUGACAUUGAUAAUAUUUUUUUAUUUAUGUCCAACAACACGUUAGACAAAGAAAAAAAAAUAUUUUACAAACCAUUACAAACUGUAAAAGUCGAUACAGUAGAUAGUUUUUCAGGUGCUACAUAACAUCUCAUUAAAAAUAAAUAAAUAAAUAAUUAAAAUGUCAAGUACCAUUGAAUUAAAAAAUAGAUUACACAGUGGAAUAUUUCAUCCAGUUUUACGAGAAUGGCAAUCAACAGGUCUUGAAAUUACACCAAGUAAUUUGAUGUAUCCAAUAUUUAUACUAGAUGAGCCAAAUUCUCAGGAUGAAAUUAAAAGUAUGCCAGGUAUUUGUAGAUACGGUGUUAAUAAAUUACAUGGCAUGCUUAAGCCUCUUGUUGCAAAAGGUCUCAAGUCAAUUUUAUUAUUUGGAAUUAUUUCAAAUAAAUUGAAGGAUUCAAUUGGUAAACAUGCUGACAGUGAAUUAAAUCCAGUUAUUCAAGCAUUGCCAUUAUUACGUAAAUGGUUUCCUGAUGUUGUUAUUGCAUGUGAUGUAUGUUUGUGUCCAUACACAUUACAUGGACAUUGUGGGAUUGUUCAUGAUGAUGGUGUUAUUAACAACGAGCCAAGCAUCAAACGAAUUGCUGAAAUUUCAGUCUCAUAUGCUCGAGCAGGUGCACAUAUUAUUGCUCCAUCAGACAUGAUGGAUGGUAGAAUUGGAGCAAUCAAAAAAAGCCUUAUUAAUGCAGGUUUUGAAAAUCGUGUUGCUGUACUUUCUUACAGUGUUAAAUUUGCAUCAGGUUUUUAUGGACCUUUUAGAGAUGCUGCAAAUUCAACUCCACAAUUUGGUGAUAGAAAAUGUUAUCAAUUACCACCUGGUAGUGUUGGUCUUGCUACACGAGCUGCUACUCGCGAUGUUGAUGAAGGUGCUGACAUACUCAUGGUCAAACCAGGUCUACCAUACAUUGAUAUUUUACGUAAUAUCAAACAAAUAUUUCCUCAAUAUCCAAUGUUUGUUUAUCAAGUUUCUGGUGAAUAUGCUAUGCUUUAUCAUGGUGCUAAAAAUGGAGCUGUUGAUUUAGAUGUUGUACUUAAGGAAAUUUUAUUAUCAAUGAGACGUGCUGGUGCUGACUGUAUCAUAACUUAUUUUACACCAAAAAUAUUAGAUAUGUUACAGCCAAAAAACAAAGAAACGUAGAAAUGGAGGACGUGCUAAGCAUGGUCGUGGUCAUGUAGCUCCUGUGAGAUGCACAAAUUGUGCAAGAUGUGUUCCAAAGGACAAAGCAAUCAAGAAAUUUGUUAUUCGUAACAUUGUUGAGGCUGCUGCUGUUCGAGAUAUUAAUGAU